AGUUGAGUGGUGCAAGUCAUAGAAGAGUGUCGUUUAUUGUUCAUUAGUUAAAUCACUUCAAAUGAUGGCUAAGACUGUCAUCCUGGCCAUCGCCCUGGCGAUCUGCUGCCAGAGAAUCGCCGGUGAUGCUGGCUUCUGGGACACCAUGCAGAUGGGCGGCAAUGCUGCUCACGUUGGCUUCGACUCCUUCAACCACAUCGCUGGAGACGCCAUCAACUACAUCCCAUCUCCCAGGGACAUCGCUCGCAUGAGCAAGGAGACCUUCCUGGGUCUGCCUCCUCGUGUUCUCAUGGAGGGAGUCAACACUUUCUGCUCCAUGGCCAUGCACUACGACACGAACCUGGGCCGCACUGAGAAGUACACCCCAAAUGUGCAGAACAUGAGCUUCGUGCUGUACGACAACGAGAGACGUGUUCCCUUCCAAUUUGACGAGCUGGAGAACUUGGCCGCGUACCCAGGCUUCAACAAGGAGCAUCCCGUCAUCAUCUUCAUCACCGGAUGGCUGACUAAGGACAACACUGAGAAUGCCGCCGCCAGGGAAAUGGCCAAGGCUUACAGCUGCCGCGGAGGUCACAACUUCAUCCACCUGAACACUGAAGACUACCUCGACAACCUGUACAUGUGGUCUGCCCUCAACACCGAGAAUAUCGGAGAGGCUGUGGCUCCUUACGUUGCUAAACUGCUGAAGUUCGUUGACAUCAACAAGAUCCACGUCAUCGGACACAGUCUGGGCGCCCACGUGGCCGGCUCCAUCGGUCGCCACUUCAUCGAGGUGGAGAAGAAGAUGCUGCCACGCAUCACCGGUCUGGACCCAGCUCGUCCCUGCUUCAACGAGGGCGAGGUGAUGACCAAUCUGCAGCGCGGCGAUGCCAAGUUCGUUGACAUCAUCCACACGAACUCCGGCGGUCUCGGCAAGGGCGAGCCCAUUGGCGAUGCUGACUUCUACCCCAACGGCAAGUCCGUCCUCAUGCCAGGCUGCGCCGGAAUCAUCUGCUCUCACCUGAGGGCCUACGAGUACUUCACCGAGAGUGUCUACCCUGAGAACAACAACGGCUUCCAGGCCGUCCGCUGCAACUCUCUGCGCGGCGUCACGACCAAGAGAUGCAAGAGCACCCCCAUCGCCAUGGGUUUUGCCUGCCCCAAGGAGGCCAAGGGCAACUUCUUCCUCGAGGUCAACCCCAGCGGUCUGUACGGCUUCUACUCCAAGAGCAAGAGCAAGUGCAACCAGAAGAACUGAGUUCUGUCCCAAAACAGCGAGUGUUAAAUGAAUCAAUUCGAAUCAAAAUAUUGUUCAGGAUCCUUUAUAGAUAGCACAAAUUUAUUGUACACCCUUCAGAAUGUAAAAGCUUUAUCGUGAAAUAAUGUAACACUCAGAACAAAGACACACCUUUCAUGUAGCCCACAAAUACAAAAUGUCAGCAA